CUUACACUAGCCUUGGCCUUGCCGCUACUUGGCGGAAGGUAACGGUACUCAUGCAAAAUGCUACGAUGCAGUACGCCGCGUUGCCAGUUCAACAACGAGCGCUUGUGUUAAGUGGCCUGUGACAAACGCGGGUCCAAGAUGCCGGCGAACGCCGCGGCGGACGGUGAACCUCCCCAAUCGAUAGGUAUGCGCAGGUUACGUCUUCCCCUCACAAGACUUCUCCUAGCUCUACAUCCAUCUUGCCGUCGACAUCUCCUAUAGCGAUGACUGCUUACAAAGACUUGUCGCUAUACCUCGCGACCCGAGAACAGGCCAUAGAAUCCCGCAAGCGGUCGUUUCAGGAGUGGGCGAACGGGCUGACACUCGAGCAAUACCUGGCUCGUGAUGUUGCGCUGGAAAACCAGGAAAAUGCAGUUGGUGGGAGGUUUUUGACCUGGGUCCUUGCACCCCGCUCUGACCCAGAGACGGUGGACUUCAUGUGCGCGUGCGAGACCUACGGCCGCAGUGGUCGAUACUUCGUCGAUGGCGAGCUGAAGACAGUGACCGCGUAUGGCGUCGCCUCGGUCUUCACGCCAGAAGAGAAACGUCGGAAAGGCUACGCAAACCAUAUGAUGCGUCUGCUGCACUGGGUACUCGCCGAUGAGAAGUUCCUCAAGUCGUUCCCGGCUGAAUGGGGCACCCCGCCGCCGAGAGUCCCCAUCGCAGGCUGUGGUUACUUUGCCACCCUCUGGAGCGACGUGGGGAAGGAGUUCUACAAGGCGUGCGGCGAUACGCCAUCGACUGAGGGAUGGGUCGUCCGAGACCCAAUUUCGACAAUCUGGGACCUUGGCUCACUGCAGACGACCCAGCCGACCGCGGAGUGGCAGUGGCUGGACAAAAAUGAGGUGAAGGAUGCAUGGCGCCAGGACGUCCCUCUCAUGGAGCGUGACAUCGUCGACUUCGCCCGCACACGGCAGGGGAAGCCGGUCGUGGCCUACAUGCCCGACGAAGGCGUCGCCGAAUUCCAGCAGAACCGCGGCUUGCUCAACCCGUCGCUGCAUCCAUACCUCGUCAAGUCUUGGGGCGUGAAGGCUGCGUCUGGCGACCUCGCCUAUGCGUCCUGGACGAUCCAGGUCGCAUCCCCGACCGCGAAGACCCUGUUGCUGACCCGGCUUCGCGCGCAGAGCGUCAUUCAGUACAAGAACUUGAUGAAUGCGAUAUUUUGGUACGCGAAGGAGAACGGGUUCCACAAGGUCGAGACCUGGAAUCUUCCGUCAAUUUAUCUAGAGGAGGCGAGAGUGGCGGGUGGUAUAACGGCUGAGAGGCCGAAGCAUCUUCCUGCCCUGAAAUUCUAUGCUGGGGACGAGGUGGAUUGGAUGUGCAACGAGAAUUACUGUUGGUGCUAAGUAUUGUACCUUAGAUGGACAGAUGAAUGAAAAAUCGAUGGGUCGCAAAA